UGUCUGAGGUUAGUCAUCACUUACGGUGCAGAUCCGAGAGCAACCGGAUCCCCAUCCCGCCCGCGUGAAGUCUAGGUGGCACGGAUCUCUGCCGAGUCUGGGGUGUAGCUCCCCCGGGGCAACCGUUCCACGUGGAGAGAAGGAAAAGUUUGGCGCGUCCGGGAGGUCCGGGCAGCAGACUGGAGCAUCAGGCUGUAGCCUCGCGGUGGGUCGAGCAGCCAAGCCGGGGAAACAGAGCACCGCGGGCCCCGCCACGGGACGCGCUCCCAGGCCCCCGCCCUGCGCACCCCACCCCCUUCCCGGGCCGCGCACGCAGCCAGCGGCCACUGUCAGAAACCGCCCGAGCCGCCUCGAAGAAGGCAGGGCGGACUUUGCACCCAGGACCCUGGGCCUCCGGUUCCACCGCCGAUCUUGGAGCAGCCGCCUGGUUUCCCCUUCCCGGCUGCAGAGCGGCGCGUGUUGGCGGGACGUCCCGAGGAGGAUCGGCGGCUUGAGGCCACGGCCCGGCCCCACUCCGGCGCGCCGAGGAGCGGAAUCGGGGGCCGGCGUUCGCUCCUGCUCUCUCCCGGGUGCGCCGGAGUCCGGGCGGCUGCUCUGGCUGCAGCCUAGGGGACGCCUCCUCCCUCCGCCAAAGCUGCCCGGCGUCUCCCGGCCACUUCGCGCUGCUCCGGACGCUGGGCGCGAGCUCGCCCAUCAGACGUUCCCGGCACUGGCCGACCGGCGGGAGGACCUCCCCGCGCGCCCCGCACGCCUACUCCCGAGCGCCCCCCCCCCACCCCCCAAGCAGAGCGCUGCGCCAGGAGUACGGAAGCAGGCGGGACAGUCUCCGAGUCCCUUACUCUGCCUCUCUCUAAGACAGGUCCUCCUGGCUCACCCCGAACAUGUUGGACGGCCUGAAGAUGGAGGAGAACUUUCAAAGUGCGAUUGAGACCUCGGCAUCUUUCUCCUCUUUGCUGGGCAGAGCGGUGAGCCCCAAGUCUGUCUGCGAGGGCUGUCAGCGGGUCAUCUCGGACAGGUUUCUGCUGCGGCUCAACGACAGCUUCUGGCACGAGCAAUGCGUGCAGUGUGCCUCCUGCAAAGAGCCCCUGGAGACCACCUGCUUCUACCGGGACAAGAAGCUCUACUGCAAGUACCACUACGAGAAACUGUUUGCUGUCAAAUGUGGGGGCUGCUUCGAGGCCAUUGCGCCCAAUGAGUUUGUCAUGCGUGCCCAGAAGAGCGUAUACCACCUGAGCUGCUUCUGCUGCUGCGUCUGUGAGCGACAGCUGCAGAAGGGUGACGAGUUUGUCCUGAAGGAGGGCCAGCUGCUCUGCAAAGGGGACUAUGAGAAAGAACGGGAGCUGCUGAGCCUGGUGAGCCCUGCGGCCUCAGACUCAGGCAAAAGCGAUGAUGAGGAGAGCCUUUGCAAGUCAGCCCAUGGGGCAGGAAAAGGAGCAUCAGAGGACGGCAAGGACCAUAAGCGACCCAAACGUCCCAGAACCAUCCUGACCACUCAGCAGAGGAGAGCAUUCAAGGCCUCGUUUGAAGUAUCCUCCAAGCCCUGCAGAAAGGUGAGGGAGACUCUGGCUGCGGAGACAGGGCUGAGUGUCCGUGUGGUUCAGGUGUGGUUCCAGAACCAGCGAGCCAAGAUGAAGAAGCUGGCCCGGCGACAGCAGCAACAGCAACAGGACCAACAGAACACCCAGAGGCUGACUUCUGCUCAGACAAAUGGUAGUGGGAAUGCGGGCAUGGAAGGGAUCAUGAACCCCUAUACAACGUUGCCCACCCCACAGCAGCUGCUGGCCAUUGAACAGAGCGUCUACAACUCUGAUCCCUUCCGACAGGGUCUCACCCCACCCCAGAUGCCUGGAGAUCACAUGCACCCCUAUGGUGCUGAACCUCUUUUCCAUGACUUGGAUAGUGAUGACACAUCUCUCAGUAACCUGGGAGACUGCUUCCUGGCAACCUCAGAAGCUGGGCCCCUGCAGUCCAGAGUGGGAAACCCCAUUGACCAUCUGUACUCCAUGCAGAAUUCCUAUUUCACCUCUUGAGUCUUCUCCUACAAUUUUGUGACCUGGGCUCCCAUAUGGAACAACCAUACUGUGUGAAGGGUUGCUGACUUUAGGAUGGGGAGGCCAGAGAAGAGGUGGGCUGGGGAGGGAGGUUUGUUGGGGAUGCUGUUGUUUAAUUAUAUGGUGUAGCUCAGCAUUUCCAAAGACUGAAUACAUUAUGGAUUGCAUAGUUUAAUGUUUCUAAUAAGAGUCUUAGUGUUAGAUAUGAAGAUGUGUUUAUCAUUAAGGGCAGGGUCUUUUAAUAUAGACAUUCUCAAGCAAACUAGAUAUCUAGGGACUCCUAACAGCUUCCCACCGUUCUGGAGAAGUGCUUGUCAAGAGGUGCCGUAUGUCUAUUCAUCUACACACCAAUAGACAGACAGAUUUGUGUGUGUGUGUGUGUGUGUGUGUGUGUGUGUGUGUGUAUGAGUGUGUGUAAAACCUUUCAUACUUUAUCAUCAAAGUUUAUUCCUAAUUAUAACAGACACCAACUGUACAGCAAAAGUAACUUUAUUUUCAGUGUGAACUAUAUUUAAGGAAAUGCUUGAUGCACUUAAGUUAUAAAAUGAGAUAAUUUACUUUUAUAAACUUUAUUUUUAGUUUGGAGAGACUCAUCGGCAGGGCAGAGAGAACUGUUCCACCGGGCCCCACAGCUCUGAGUGCUUGAGUUCACUCUGUGAUCAGAGCAUCAUUGAGGUCUAGAAUACAACUCCAGAUGGCAGGCAGCAUGCUAUAGUGAACUCAUGCUCACCCUGGUGUCCAGUCACUGGGCCUGAAUGAGAUUUUAGGCUUAUUGGCAUGGGAUUGUUGGGCAGCAUCAGCAAGGUUGUCCUUACCCCCACCCCCACCCCAGAUUCAGCCUCGAUGAGUGUGGAUGAAGUUGAUAGCCACACCUACCUCUCUCUCUAUGAGUGUGGAUGAGGUGGUUGCCACACCUACCUCCCUGGGGACAAUAAGGCUCCAUACCAGGACAUGAUCGAAGUUGAAACUAAAAUAAAUCUGAUAUGAUUUAAAAUAUAACCGAGUCAUGUACCUGAUGAUAGAGGAUACCUGGGACCACAGAGCAGGAAGUUCUGGUACCCUAAGUCCUAUCUCUCUGCAUAGCCCAUAUGGCCACAUGACAGAGACACAGCUCUGAGGGGGUGGAGACUACGCUCCAUCUGAGAAGGUGGAAGAGGCGUGGUGGAUGGAAUUCUAGAACAAGUGUUGACUUGCACAUCUGUUGUUUUUUUUUUUUUUGUUUUGUUUUGUUUUGUUCUUACUUUUUAAAAAGUCACUUCAACGUGACUGUAUGCACCCCCAAAAGCCGGAAUUACUUGUGAUCUCUGUUUGUCUCUUUCUUGAGGGCCCAUAAUCUGGGGGCCUGCUCAUAAACAGCCUCAUGGAGUUCAUAGAAGCAGAGGGGACCAGGCAGGUACCCAGGGCUCUUCCCUCCAACUCAUGUUGCAGUCCCUGAGCACAGGAAGACCCAGUAGCCAUUGUACACAGGGACAAUCCCGUGCCCUGAACUCCAUUGUAUACAGGGACAGUUCCAUGCCCUGAUCUCCAAUUACGGUGCUAGAGUGGGAUCUUCUGUGUUAGGAUCCUUCUGGGGAAGCAGAAUGAGUGUAGGGGGAAGAAAGAAGGGCUCCAGUGAGAGGGGCUGUGACAGGCAUGACGUCAUGCCCGGGACCAUCAUCAGAGCCAUGACUAUGCCCACAUAUCCACUUCAUUCUCUUUAAGGCCAGAGGAAGCAUGUCCCUUAGUGGUAGAGUGUGUGUUGUGUGAUUUUUGUGCUCUUCUUUAUAAUUUAUACAAACCGUCAGGAAACCUGAACCAGUCUGUGGGCUGAGAAUGAGGCGGGUGUAGGGGGCACAGACAGUGUCUGUGUGGCUGAUUGGUUGAGGAAUGUAGCAGAUAUGUGAAUGAAAGCAAACAGAGAUCCUUAAUUCUACUCUCUAAUGACAUACCGAGAUGAAAUUAAAAGCCUCUUACAAAUGA